GUGUAUUUUGGGCAGCCAAACAAACAAACACCGCAAGCAGUUGGUCGCUGUCAGACGACCACAACAACCGCCCUCCACCAACCCAACAAGUCCAAGUUCACUUGCGCCAAAGUGACAGUUUCCAAGAGCACACACACCGCGCCCUCCGAGGUCACACCGCCAUGUCACUUCACAAGAAUGGAGAUGCCGCAGGGCGGCAGGCACAGCAACGGCAGCAGCAGCAGCAGCUGUUGCGCGCGAGCGACUUGACGCUGAGCAGCACCGAGCUCAUCACGGUCAUGGAACGUGUCAAGCAAGGCAACCUUUCCGUGGAUGAUGCCAUUGCAGAGGUGCUGGCCGUUGACAGCGAACGCGCGACAUCUGGCGCUGACAGCACCACGCCGACACAUGAGCCUGCGCGAACGUUCAGCGCGCAUGCACCCGAUGUCCAGCACUCAACUGCUGCAUCGUCUGCUUUGGCAUCAAAGCCUCGAUCGCCACCAACAGCAACAGCGACAAUGGCGCCGCACCAACUGCAACAACAACAGCAACCCGAACACCCGUUACAGCAGCAGCAGCAGCCGCCGCCGCCGCCGCCACCACCUUCUUCGGCAUCCUCAACUUCACACCACAAGCGACAUCGACGGGACAAGAGCGGCGGUGGUGGCGGCAGUAUGGCUGAACUGUCAAACGAGGACCAAAUACAGCUUAUGAACUCCGUCCGUGACGGACGCAUCAGCGUCGAACAGGCGCUGCGGCUGGUGGAGGCGAGAGAAGCAAGAGCAGCAGCGCUGAAGCACGGGUCGGCAAAGCUGCCGGCAUCAUCAUCGCUGUCGUCGUCGUCGUCUGCUGUGUCGUCGUCGUCGCAACCAUUCCCAGCCGCCUCGGCAUCUUCAGCGUCGCAGCCCAAUGCCACCUCAACCUCAGCCACGCACGCCAUGCUGUCGGCCCUAUUUGGCUCCAGCGACAACCCGUCAAGACUGGCAUCAUCCUCGUCAUCGCUACCAUCAUCGUCAUCAUCAUCAUCAUCAUCAUCAUCAUCGUCGGCAUUGCUGCGGUCACACAUCACGACGUUGCCCCUUCGCCCCAUCUCCCAGUGCGACUUCCAAGACCUCCAGCUCAAGCACGCGCUGGCUGAGGCGGGCGCAGACGUGGACGUACACGCAGCAGCGGCGGCGAUGCUGGCGGGGACAGGGAAUAGCAGCAGUAACAGCAACAGCGCACACACGCGGCUGCGACACACGGUGGCCGUGCGGCACGUACAGGUGGCUUCGAGCGGCGUCGGUGCUCGUGGGGAGGGGGGCGCGACUGGCAGGGAUCGUGGUGGUUCUGGUAAUGACGAUGAUGGUGGUGAUGGUGAUGACGAUACUGAGCACGGUGGUAGCAGUGGUGAUGGUGAUGAUCGAAGUGCUGAUAGAGGUAGCGGUGAGACUCAUGCUGCGAUUGCUGGCACAUUGCGUUCAGCUGAGGUAGACGUGUCGUCCGCAGCCCCCACCAGCAGCAGCAAGCCAUCAUCACUUGCAAUGGACGAUGCAACAACCACGACAACCACGACAACCACGAGAGCAGCAGUGUCACCAGCAUCAACAACAGUGGCAGCAUCAGUGUCAAAGCCCCGCGCCCCAAAACCGCUGCCAAAGCCGCGACGAUCAAGGGGAACCAGCAGCAGCAGUGGUGGUGAUGGUGGUGAUGGUGAUGGUGGUGGUGAUGAUGGUGGUGAGUAUAUCGAAGUGGAGAGUGGAGCAGAAGGUGCUGACGACAACGAUGAUGACACUGAUCGCAAUGUUGGCGAUGAAGGGAGCGAAGGGGGUGCGACAACAGCGACGAUUGGUGCUAUCGAUGAUGAUGGUGGUGGUGGUGGUGGUGUUAUCGAUGACGAUGGUGAUGGUGGUGAUCAUGGUGAUGGUGGUGAUCAUGGUGAUGAAGGUGGCAGGCGAGCUGACAAUGACUCUGUUACCAAUGCAGCCAGCACAGCCGCGGCCUCCAAGCUCGGGGAAUCAGCUGUGCUUCGAGAUCUCUCCACACUGCUGUAUCUGUACCAGAAUCAGCCUGGCAUGGUCGUGCCUGAGCCGCAAGCGCAAAUCUCCAAUGCCAAUGGCGGCGGCGGUGGUGAUGAGGGCCGUGACGUCCCGAAACGUGUCACUCUCGUUCUUGAAAGCCAACAAUCCAUCCGAAAGGUCGUUCCACUGCCGGAUACACUGGACGCGCUGCUCGAUGCCGCCAGCAGCGCGUGCGGAUGUGUUGCGCAGUCCCUCCGCUUCCACCGCGAUGGGGCACAGGUCGAGUCCAUCGCCGUCGUCAGAGAUGGCGAUGUGCUGCUCGUCUCGGAUUCCGCCCACGUCCGCCCAACUUGCUGCCGCGCUGCAUCGUUGACGUCAUUGCCCGUUUCUUCCACCGGUGACUGCACGUGCAACCACCUCGCGCCAACGGCCACAGAGGAUUCGGACGCGUCUGACUGGAUCAAACUGAACGUCGGUGGAACAAUCUUCCGCACAACACGCGGGACACUCACGCGGGACGAGGAAUCCAUGCUUGCCCUCAUGUUCACAUCAAAGGACUGGAACAGUGCUGUCGAUGAGAGCGGGGCGUAUCUGAUUGAUCGCAACCCGCGCUACUUUGAGCCGCUGCUCGGAUAUCUCCGCGACCGGACCAUCAUCCUCGACCCAGGCAUCAGCGCACGCGGUGUGCUCGCUGAGGCGCACUUCUUUGGGCUGUGGGGCGCCAUUGAGCUGUUGGAGCCACUAGCCGAGCGAGAGGCGAAUCAGCUCCUGCCCAACCCUCCACUGUGCCGAGCAGAUAUGAUUAAGAUGCUGAUGACAACUUCAGCCACUGCUGCACUUCGGUGUCAGGGCCUCAACUUUGAGCGCGCCGAUCUCUCAUGCCUUGAUCUGCGACACAUCAACUUCAAGAUGGCCAACCUCCAGCACUGCAAUCUCACAAACUGCAAUCUCGAACACUGCAACUUCGAAGGCGCAUCCUUACAGCACGCUGUUCUCGAUCGCUCCAAUUUGAUGGGAUGUGUUCUGAGCCGCGCAAAACUCGACUUUGCUUCCGUUCGCAACUGCAACCUCCACGACCCAUCACACUACAGUCACGCUGUGCUCGAGGGUGCAUCGUGUCGCAGUGUGGACUUUGAGGACUCGAAUCUCAGCUGUGUGAACAUGCGCGUGGCCUGUCUCAAGCGUGCAGUUCUUCGACACUGCAACCUCAGGUGCUCGAAUAUGGCCGGGACGGACCUUGGCGAGUCUGAUCUCUCGGGCUGCAACCUGCAGGGCGCUAACCUGCGUGGUGCAAACACCAUGCGUGCAACCUUCCAUCGCCCCUACCGCCUGAACCAGAGCAGCCCGGCUUAAUGGUGGCGGUGGUGGUGGUGGUGUGGUUUGCGGAAGGUCCCCCAAGUUGUUCCGGUUUGUGUUUAACAUAUGCACUGGAGGAAAUGUAUUGACGUGAGUAAGGAAUAACACAACAUCAACGAG